GUUCUCAAAAGGCAUAAAAGUGAAGGAGAGCCUGGGACAGCUAGACUUGGAAGGCUCCUCGUUCCUUUGAUACUUUCGCUCCUCUGCCUCUUUGGCACCAGCUCCCACCAUGACCCAACGAUCUUCUGUCACCAUCAAGUCAGGAGGCACUCGGAACUUCAGUGCUUCCUCGGCCAGCCUCCUCCCAGGCUGCCGGCCCAGCUUCAGCUCUGUCUCUGUCUCCCAGGGUGGAAAGAGCUUUGGGGGUGGCUUUGGGGGUGGCUUCGGGACAAAGAGCCUCCACAACUUUGGAGGCAGCAAGAGAAUCUCCAUCAGUGGAGGCUACCGCUCCAACCGGGCCAGCGGUGGGGGCGCUGGCUAUGGGCUGGGUCUCGGAGGCAUGGGCUACAGGGUUGGGGGAGCCUUCAGUGGGUAUGGAUUUGGAGCCGGGAUGAUGCCUGGCUCUGGGGGCAUCCAGGAGGUCACCAUCAACCAAAGCCUCCUGACCCCCCUCCACCUGGAGAUAGAUCCCUCUCUCCAGCGGGUACGAAAGGAGGAGAGGGAACAGAUCAAGACCCUCAACAACAAGUUUGCCUCCUUCAUUGACAAGGUACGGUUCCUGGAGCAGCAGAACAAGGUCCUGGAGACCAAAUGGAGCCUCCUGCAGGAGCAUAAAACCACCAGGGCCAAUAUCGAGCCCAUGUUUGAAGCCUACAUCAGCAACCUGAGGCGGCAGCUGGACUGCCUGGGUGGAGAGCGGGCACGGCUAGAGACGGAGCUCAAGAACAUGCAGGAUGUGGUGGAAGACUUCAAGAACAAGUACGAAGAAGAAAUCAACAGGCGCACGGUAGCAGAGAACGAGUUUGUGGUGCUCAAGAAGGACGUGGACGCUGCCUACAUGAAUAAGGUGGAGUUGGAGGCCAAGGUGGAUGCCUUAAUGGAUGAAAUCAACUUCCUGAGAGCUUUCUAUGAUGCGGAGCUGGCUCAGCUUCAGGCCCAGAUCUCAGAAACCUCCGUGGUGCUGUCCAUGGACAACAACCGCAAGCUGGACCUGGACAGCAUCAUCUCUGAGGUCAAGGCCCAGUAUGAGGACAUCGCCAACCGCAGCCGGGCCGAGGCUGAGUCCUGGUACCAGAUCAAGUACGAGGAGCUGCAGCGGUCUGCUGGCCGCCACGGGGACGACCUCCGCACCACCAAGAUGGAGAUCUCCGAGCUGAACCGUGUGAUGCAGAGGCUGCGCUCUGAGAUUGAUAACCUGAAGAAACAGUGUACCACGCUCCAGAACGCAAUCGCUGAUGCCGAGCAGCGUGGGGAGCUGGCCCUCAAGGACGCCAAGCACAAGCUGGCCGAGCUGGAGGAUGCCCUUCAAAAAGCCAAGCAGGACAUGGCCCGGCAGCUGCGGGAGUACCAGGAGCUCAUGAACGUCAAGCUGGCCCUGGACAUCGAGAUCGCCACCUACCGCAAGCUGCUGGAGGGCGAGGAGUGCAGACUCACUGGGGAAGGUGUCGGACCUGUGAACAUCUCUGUGGUCUCCUCCACCGGAGGCACAGGCUACAGUGCAGGUGGCGGUGGCCUCUGUGUGGCCGGAGGCGGCUACAGCAGCAGCCUGGGCUACGGCGGGGGAGGCGGCUUUAGCUCCACCAGUGGCCGCAGCAUGAGUGGCAGCAGCUCCAGCAUGCGUAUCAUCUCCAAGACGUCAUCCACCAAGAAGAGUUACAGGAGCUAA